UCGCCCCUCUACUUUGAAAGGAAAGUUUGUGACUGAACUGUGCUUUCAUAGUGGUGUCAUUUUUUUUAAAGCAUGAUACUCCUUUUAUUUCUUCAUCAAACUCCACCCUCUGCUUAAAUACUGCAUACAAAUUACAAUUUACUACGCAUUUGCUGAUCCUUCUGAUUUGGCUAUAAUGCACAGGCUGCAGCUGGCAUGAGCUCCCACAUCAUUUAAUCCUUGUGUUGUAUGGGUUUGUUGUUUGUUUUGUUGUUGUUGUUGUUUUAAAACACAACUUUUGAUGUUGGAUCUAGAUAUGUUUCAUGUUCUUGUGGCAAGAGAUGCAGUGCUUAUCAAUAUAUUUAGCUAUUUACAGUUAGCUUAUCUUCUAACAAUCGUUAAACGAUGUCUUAGAGACAAAUUAGGGAGCCAGUCAAUUUUGUAGAAUGCAGAUUACUCCUCCUUGUAAUUGACUUUAAGAUGAUAUUUUCUAGGCCACAAGAAAAGAAACUGAAUUCCUUUAGUUCUCAAGAAGGAGGCAGAUAUGAGGACUGACUUCAUUCUUAGCUCCAGGGAGAUUUUGUAGGCAUCUGAAAGAAAGGGUGGGGGGGACAGCAAACAAAAAAACUUUGAAUUGUGCUUUCAUUUAAUUGAAAAAUAACUGCCAAGUUCAAGACUAAAAGUAGAAAAAAGUAUUCUAGCCAUUAUUCUGCAAAACCUUAAAUGGCACUGGGACUUUCAUUAAAAUUAGAAUCAAGGCAAACUUAAGAAGAUAGUGUCCAAUUUGAAAUAAUACAGCUACAUGUACAUGGACAUAACUACAUUAAUUUGUUGGGGAGAAGAGUUCAGUAGCCCUAACUUUCCCUAAAGUUGCCUUUGUUUACAUGACCAUUUAAAAUGCUGGGAGUGUGGAAGUAAAACAUACACAUUAAGAAAAAAAAACUUUGGUCAGCUUUAAGAACUCAAAGCAUGCUUACGUUUUUGCAUUCAGAUGGUUAAUGAAUCCAGUGUUUUGCAGUUGCAAGCUCGGGCAUUCACUGGGCAAAAGCUGGCUGCAGGUUGCAGGGGCCACGGCGCAGGACAGAAAUUAAUUCUAUUUCCCACUUUUUUUCAAUAAUGUUUGGCUACUCGGUUCAGCGAGGAAGAAUGCCUCCGACCCAGCCCAACCCAGGCCAGUACGCGCUCACCAACGGGGACCCCCUCAACGGCCACUGCUACCUGUCGGGCUACAUCUCGCUGCUGCUGCGCGCCGAGCCCUACCCCACGUCUCGCUACGGCAGCCAGUGCAUGCAGCCCAACAACAUCAUGGGCAUCGAGAACAUCUGCGAGCUGGCCGCGCGCCUGCUCUUCAGCGCCGUCGAGUGGGCCCGCAACAUCCCCUUCUUCCCGGAUCUGCAGAUCACCGACCAGGUGUCCCUGCUGCGCCUCACCUGGAGCGAGCUGUUCGUGCUCAACGCGGCCCAGUGCUCCAUGCCCCUACACGUGGCGCCGCUGCUGGCCGCCGCCGGCCUGCACGCCUCGCCCAUGUCCGCCGACCGCGUGGUGGCCUUCAUGGACCACAUCCGCAUCUUCCAGGAGCAGGUGGAGAAGCUCAAGGCGCUGCACGUCGACUCGGCCGAGUACAGCUGCCUCAAAGCCAUCGUGCUGUUCACGUCAGACGCCUGUGGCCUGUCGGAUGCCGCCCACAUCGAGAGCCUGCAAGAGAAGUCGCAGUGCGCCCUGGAGGAGUACGUGAGGAGCCAGUACCCCAACCAGCCGAGCCGCUUCGGCAAACUGCUGCUGCGAUUGCCCUCGCUGCGCACCGUAUCCUCCUCAGUCAUCGAGCAGCUCUUCUUCGUCCGUUUGGUAGGUAAAACCCCCAUCGAAACUCUCAUCCGCGAUAUGUUACUGUCUGGGAGCAGCUUCAACUGGCCUUACAUGUCCAUCCAGUGCUCCUAGACCUCGGGCGCUUCCCACCUGCCCCCGCCCUCCUAAAGACUCAGAGGACCAGCCUGGGGCAAAGACUCCAAGGCCACGGAGACACCCAGUCCACUGAUUUGGGUGCGGCCUGGCUGGCAGGCCAGGCUGGCAAGAGGGGCGUGGGGGGAGGAGGACUGACUGAGUCAGGAGCAGCCCACCCUGCAGAAAUGCGACCCCAACUGCAACCCAGGGGGAAAAGAGACUCGUUUAGGAUCAGACCUGUGAGCACGUUGGAAAGGAAAGCAAAAGGAUCUUGUGUCUGGUGAGAAAAAAUAAAUAAAUUGGAAGACAGGACCAUGAGAAUUUGAAUAAAACAGGUGACUAAUGGACCUUCCAGAAUUUAUUGUGGACGGAUGUGGAUAUAUUCUGUACAGAAAACCACACACACACGGAAGUGGACUAAAUCCUACGUAGAAACACACACACACACACACACACACCCCAAACAUUGUUAUUCAUUUUGUAAAAUAUUAGCCUUUAUUUUCAUUUUUUGUAAAAUUUAAACAUUGUAUGCGCAUAACGGAAAAAAGGAAACAAGAAUUAGGGGAAAAUAACAUUUUCCAAAUAAUUAUUAAAAAAUUGUCCUGUGUCUAUGUAUCUAUAUCUGUUUUGUAUUUUUUUCUGGUUCCAAACCAGAUUUCCUGUGAUUCUAUACUAAUAAUUUUUGAUAUAACCCUUUGCUUCUUAUAAUGAGUGCGAUAUAUGUUGUCGAGGCUGUUCUUCAAGAAUUAAAAUUGAAGUGAAAAUUUAAACAAAAAUAAAAGAAUUUAGCAAAACCCA